UUCAAGACAGAAAGAAAGAUGAUAAUUACACAUAAUCUACUGUAUCUGUAAGUGAAUAUUCUACCUGCAACAGUAUAUCUUUAAAUGGAUUGGUAUGGUAUUCUGAUUUCAAGAUGCCAUGAUUUCUUCUAUUCAUGGGGUGCUUUGUUUGCAGUGUUGCUAAGUUCCUGUUUUUGUCCUACUGAGCUCAGCCCACUUAACGUAAUUCUUUUUGUUCAGAAGACUAAAGGCACUCGUUACCAAGCAGCACUUUUUAUGUGUUGUGUCUGUUAUCAGCCCUUGUGCCACUGUCUUGUGGCUACUUUCUCCUGGGGCAAUACAACAAGUUCAAACUCAAACUCUAUGGAUUUAAACUUGUAAGUCUCUAGAAGCGACAGGUCAGGAGAUAUUUCCAGGAAAUUCAAGGUAAGCAGAUACCUCAUUUGUCCAUCAACAAAUCAAAAUGGCUCCACAUAGUUUGUUGCAUCCACUGUCCUCAGUCUGCUUUGAAGAAAAAACGCAGUUCUCCGCAAGUCACAAUCUCUCUUUUGCAAGAAGCAAAUGGUUCACGCUCCCCGAGACUGAGAGCCAAAGCGAUGUGUGGAGCAUCAAGCCACCAGAUUUCUCUCUUAAACUGUACAGAUCUCUGUCAGUUCCUCAAAAGAAAGUAAGAAAGACACAUUCAAAUCUAGCUGUACCUCAAUCUAGUGAAACUAAGAGGAGAACUGGAAUAUUUCUACCAAAGCUUUUACAUGAGAGGUACCAGAGUGAAGACCCUCCAAAGUUCAUCACAUCACACAGGCCUCCUGAUGCUCUGGAAUCUGAGCUGAUGUUUGUCAAGACAGGGAAGUACCCUUCUGGACCUUACAAGAACCCCAAACCACAUAACUUCAGACUGCUUGAUGAGGACCUUCCAGGCAUAGUUACUACAUAUGAGAGAGAUCCUGGUAACCUGAAUUUAAAAUUGAAGCACAUGGACAUUCUUCGGACCACUAAUUCUGACCCAGAAUUUAGUUCAAGGGACACCAAGACAAGGAUGAACACCUAUAAACCUGCAGAGCCCAGAUGGGAUGCGAGGCUCAUACUCCCUCAGUCACUCUGGCCUCCAAAAUCAGCUUCCUAUACUAGACACCAGCGAAGAAGAGGAGCAUACAGCGCAUUCUUGGACCGUGUGGAGGACAAACUCUCAAGAUCGUGGAAAAAUAGAUCAUGACUCUCUCUUUUCAAAUUCUAUUAAAUGCUGACUUUUGGAGAUAUCGGCCGUAGAGAUGUCUGCAUUUUUUGAAUAUGACCUUUGAAUUACCUUGUUGUGAGCAGUUUCAUGUAGGAACUAUCGGUAGA